UUAGGACAUUUAUUAUAUUACUGAGAUAUGAAAAUAAGGUCACUAGGUAGGUGCAUGAUUCUGUCUACAUGGUAUAUAGCAGUUUCUCCGUGUCUCUCUUUGUGUAUAGAGUCUCAUAAUAAUACACAGACCACUAUCUGAACCUAGCCAUAUCACCAUUUGUAGGAGCAGUUUCCUGAGUUUCUUGAGGCUUCUUGGGAGCUAUCAUCAAUGACUGCCUUGGAGAUGGUACUGGUAGUAGUAUUAUGUGGGUUGUUUAUGGGCUUCUGUUUGUGCUUUACUCUCCUGAAAUGGAAUGAGAUAAGAUACGCAGGCAAAAGAUUGCCUCCAGGGACAAUGGGGUGGCCACUUGUUGGCGAGACAACAGAAUUCCUCAAACACGGACCAAGUUUCAUGAAAAACCAGAGAGCAAGGUAUGGAAGCUUAUUCAAGACACAUAUAUUGGGGUGUCCUACUAUUAUUUGCAUGGAUCCAGAGCUUAAUAGAUACAUACUUAUGAAUGAAGGAAAAGGACUUGUUCCUGGCUAUCCUCAGUCCAUGCUAACUAUAAUAGGAAAACGCAACAUUGCCGCUGUGUAUGGUUCUACGCACAAACACAUUAGAGGAUCAAUGAUGUCACUUAUAAAUCCUGCCGCCAUCAAAAUGCAACUUCUGUCGAAAAUAGAUAAGUUGAUGAGAUCCUAUCUUCACUACUGGCAGGGGAAAACCAUUGACAUCCAAGAAAAAACCAAUGAGAUGGCACUAUUGAUAGCCUUCAAGCAGAUGGUAGAAAUAGAAUCAAGCCAGAUAUAUGACACUUUCAAACGAGAGUUUGACAAGCUAGUAGUAGGAACACUGUCACUUCCUAUCAAUCUUCCAGGAACAAAAUACAAUUACGGGUUACAGGGAAGAAAGAGAGCCAUCGGUAUGUUAAAACAGAUUAUGAAGGAAAGAAGAGCUUCUUCAAUAACUCAUAAUGACAUGCUUGAUCAACUUAUGAGAAAUGAAGACCAUAACUACUCGCUCAGUGAUGAGGAGAUACUCGAUCAAGUUAUCACAAUUUUAUAUUCAGGAUAUGAGACUGUUUCAAAAACUUCAAUGAUGGCCAUUAAGCAUCUUCAUGAUCAUCCACAAGCUCUUCAAGAACUUAGAGGUGAACAUUCAGCAAUCCGACAGAGGAAAAAGCCAGAGGAUCCAAUUGAUUGGGAUGACUUUAAGUCCAUGACCUUUACUCGCGCUGUCAUAUAUGAAACCUCAAGAUUGGCAACUAUUGUUAAUGGUGUUCUGAGGAAGACAAUUAAUGACAUUGAAUUGAAUGGAUUCAAAAUUCCUAAAGGAUGGCGAAUAUACGUUUACACUCGAGAGAUCAACUAUGAUCCUCUCCUCUAUCCAGAGCCUUAUACAUUCAAUCCAUGGAGAUGGCUGAAACAGGAAUCUCACAACUACAACUUCAUAUUUGGAGGAGGAACUAGGCUUUGUCCUGGCAAAGAAUUGGGCAUAGUCAAAAUUUCUACAUUUCUUCACUAUUUUGUUACUAGAUAUAGAUGGAAGGAAGUUGGGGAAAAUGAAAUCCUGGAAUUCCCUAGAGUUGAAGCACCAAAUGGAUUGUACAUGAGAGUAUCAAAGUCAUAACUUUUUUAUUCCCAAAGUAUAGAGACAGUAUAGAGGCUGAUAUUGAUUGAUUUUAGAGUUAAUCUCUGAUGAUGGUAGUGGAGGUUAGAUUUUUCAAUUAAUUAUUAUUGAACUUAGAGCUGUUAAGUGUUUUGUUAUAGAGUGGUUAACAUUUUGUCA